UCUGGUGAGUUCUCCUCGCCCAAUAAAGUCCGACAAUUUUCUGUCCCGUGGAAAUCAAGUGACCUUGUUCUGAAAGUCGCAGACAGGAAAUUUCAUGUCCAUCGGGCUGUUUUGAUCUUGUGUUCGCCAGUCUUCGAGACCAUGUUGUCUUCGGAUUUCAAAGAGAAAACUGCCAAAGAAAUAUCACUUCCGGGCAAAGAUGCAACGGAAAUAGAACAAAUGCUUCAAGGUAUUUAUCCUGAUCAGGAUCUCUUUAUCUCAAAGAAAAACUGUCUCGCUCUUUUGAAGCUUUCGACUGAAUACCAAAUCGAUCCAAUGAAUACCCGCUGCCAGGAAUACUUACGCCACUGGUGCACAGAGGACAUGACUGUAGACGAAGCCUUGGAAGUGAUAAUUGUGAGUCAAAGAUUUUUUGUGGAAGAGUGGAUAGUUGAAAGAUGUGUGCUUAAGUUUGUGCAGCAUAAAAAUCAGACGUGGGAGGAAAUGCAGGAACAUAUCCGUUACUCUGAGUUAGAGCCUGCUUCAGUUAAGCGGCUUACAGAGGAAAGAGCUAAAUACUUGGAGAAAAUGUUGAAAAUUGGGCGCAAACCUUUCAGGUGGUGCAUAUUUCCUCAAUAUGAAUUGAAUAUAAAUAACUACUUUAGAGUGUGA